AUGGGAUUUUAUUAUGAUGAUCUUCAAUGUCAAACACAGUUGUUAAUAAAUACUUGGUAUCAUGUUGCUUUUGUUUAUGAUUAUCGAUCAAAAUCACAAAAUAUUUAUUUAAAUGGAAAUCAAAAUUGUCGUCGUAAUUCCGAUGGAUUGUAUCUAGGAAGUAAAGGCGCAAUAUAUAUUGGAACAUUUCUUUACAAAGAUAAAUAUCAUUGUUUUGAUGGUCUUAUUGAUAAUGUUGCAUUGACUAUGCGAACAAAAACUGAUAUGGAAAUUCUCGAUGAUGCUACAUUGAUGACAUGGCAUUCAUUUGAUAGUGUAUCAUGGAAUGAUUCAAGUACAUUUGGAUUAACUGCAAUAGCUAAUAAUGUUAAUUUAGUCUCGGGCAAAGUGAAUUAUGCAUUAAAUUUUAAUUCAAGUUCAGCAUAUUAUCAGAUUUCUGGAUUUGUUUUACUCAGAAUUUCUACUCGAUCGUAUUCAAUAUCUUUAUGGAUUAAACGAACAUCCAAUAGUGGAGGAGUUCUUGUUCAUCUUUCAACGCAAACAAAUGGAACAGGAACGUGUAUUACUCUCAUAGGGUUUCAAGCAAACGGUAAAAUUGUUGCUAGGAAUGUUCGUUCUAAGAAAAAAGAAAUAGUUGGUUUGUUGCUACCUAUUAAUGUCUGGACACAUAUUGCCGUUACCUAUUCAUCAAAAAAUGGACUCAUCCUUUAUAUUAAUGGAAUGUUUUACAGUAAAACAAGUAGAACGCCUUAUAAAACUUCAGGAGAAAUUAAUAUUUUGACAUUGGGUAAUUUACUUAAUGGAAAUUCGUGUUAUCGAGGAUCAAUUACAUCAGAUGUGUAUGUUGGAGAUAUAGAUGAAUUUCGUGUUUAUUCUCGAGAGUUGAGUACAAUGGAUGUUUAUAAACUUGCUACUCAUUGA